GAAGGGCUCCGAUAUUAUUAUUAUUUUAAAUAUAGCUUGCCCUGGGGCAGGGGAAAUGCACAAGGAAAGAGCCGGCAAGCAGCCUAUCUCUCAGAAGAAAGGAGCAAGACUCACAGCACAGGAACUGGCUUCACUCAAGUGUGCACUUUAGAAGUCAAAAAAAAAAAAGAAAAGAAAAGAAAAGAAAACUAUUCCAAAUACCACCAUUUUGGAGGAGACUGAAGAAGAAGGACCUAAAACUGGCUAAAUGCAGUGAAGGAUAUGGUAAAUCAGGGUACAAAGUGAACCUAAUUGCAGUUUAAGUGGGAGCUCUGAAGUACGAUGUAAGUCUUCCUUGAAUUGUAUUUUUGAUCCUAGUACUUAUUUGCUUAAUUUCCAUUUUGAAGCCAUGCUGGGCCAAAAGGUACAAUUAGUUGUAAAAAUCAACAUGGAGCAUAAUAAGAAAUCUCUGAUAUGAGGCUGAAAAUGAUACUGAAAUACAACAGAAGUCAGAGACUAUCAGCCAUAUUAUGGAAGAUGAACUAUAAAUAAAAGCAUAUCUAAUUAUUUUGAGAGAAAGAUGCUGGAUAGAAUCUUUAAUCAACUUUCUUAACAGAGAAGCGAGAGCUCUGCUGUUUUGUAUGGCAAGCUAUUUUAAUACUGCUGUGUUUAAAAUUGUGUGAUUACAGUUACCAAUAGCAAUAAGAUGUAGCUCCAGAGGGGAGUCCUAGUGGUUGCAAAGUUUUUUCUCUUUUAUUUCUCCAACAUUUUUGCUCUCUGAAGCCUCAAGUCCACAUUCUCUGUUCUACACUUGGGUUUUGCUCUUCAGCUGGAUUUUUCAAUGUGUGCUAACACCGGACUUCCUAGGGAACUGAAAACAAAACAUUCCAUCAUUCGGAAUAAUCCUGGUAUGGUUUUCUACAGCACGUUAGUGGCAAAAAUACUGUCGACAAAAGAUUGUGUUCCAUCAACUUCUGGCAUGGACAGCUGAGGAAUAUAAAGCCUGAUGGUGACAAAGGGUGAUAAUCUCCUGUUUUGCACUAUUUAUCUCACCAGUUUCGGACUUAGCAAUGGAUAUUCUUUGUGAUGAGGAGAGCUCUGUGAACCCAACUGCAAACUCCUUAAUACAACUAAAUCACGAGAGAAGACUCUACAAAAACGUUAAUGGACCUGCAGAUAUUAAUCUUUCACAUCUCUUUAACUUGACUGUGGACUCUGAAAACCUGACUAAUCUUUCAUGUGAAGCUAACAUGAGUCCACCGUGCUACUCUUCCUUGUUUCAGCUUUCAGAGAAAAACUGGCCAGCUUUGCUGACAGUGAUAGUGAUUGUUUUAACCAUUGCUGGAAAUAUUCUUGUCAUCAUGGCUGUGUCACUGGAGAAAAAGCUACAGAAUGCCACUAACUAUUUUCUAAUGUCACUUGCAAUAGCUGAUAUGCUGCUGGGCUUCCUUGUCAUGCCUGUGUCCAUGUUAACCAUACUGUACGGAUAUACAUGGCCUCUACCCACUAAGCUCUGUGCUGUUUGGAUCUACUUGGAUGUGCUUUUCUCCACUGCAUCCAUUAUGCAUCUCUGCGCCAUCUCACUGGAUCGCUAUAUUGCCAUUCGAAACCCCAUCCAUCACAGCCGCUUUAACUCAAGAACCAAGGCUUUCGCAAAAAUAAUUGCUGUGUGGACCAUAUCAGUCGGUAUCUCCAUGCCUAUACCAGUCUUUGGUCUACAAGAUGAUUCCAAAGUGUUUAAGAAAGACAGCUGCCUACUUGCAGAUGAGAAUUUUGUCCUAAUAGGCUCUUUUGUGGCAUUCUUCAUCCCUCUAACCAUCAUGGUGGUGACCUAUUUUUUAACUAUCAAGUCACUGCAGAAAGAAGCUACCUUAUGUGUGAAUGACCCUGGCCCAAAGACCAAGUUUGCUUCAUUUAGUUUCCUCCCUCAGAGCUCCCUGUCUUCAGAGAAACUCUUUCAGAGGUCUUUGAACAGAGACACGGGGACUUCCGGGAGGAGAACGAUGCAAUCCAUCAGCAAUGAGCAGAAGGCUUCCAAGGUUCUUGGCAUUGUCUUCUUCCUGUUUGUUGUGAUGUGGUGCCCAUUUUUCAUCACCAAUGUGAUGGCUGUAAUUUGCAAGGAAUCAUGCAAUGAAGAAGUCAUUGGAGGACUACUUAAUGUAUUUGUUUGGAUUGGCUACCUUUCUUCGGCUGUCAAUCCACUCGUAUACACAUUGUUCAAUAAAACCUACCGCUCCGCUUUUUCUCGUUACAUUCAGUGUCGCUACAAGGAGGAGAAGAAACCUUUCCAGUUGAUUUUGGUGAACACUAUCCCAGCGCUUGCGUAUAACUCCAGCCAGCUCCAGCUAGCACAAAUGAAGAGUUUGAAAAAAGAGGCCAAAAUGAUGGCUAAGGAUUAUUCGAUGGUUACAAUAGGAAUACGUCACUUAGAUGGUACCUCAAAGGGAAAUAUCAAUCCAGUGAAUGAAAAGUGUGACAUCCUCCGAAAACACAGAAGAUGUAUCCAAGACAUAAAAAUAACAAGGGAAACUUGGGUAAGUACUGAAAAAAAGUUGAAGCAGGGGAAUACACUUUUCAGAGAAUUUGACCAGUGUAUGAUACCUUCUUUGGGUACAUACUACUCUUCAUCCAGAAAGUUCCUAAAAUAAAGCUAAUUUUCAAAUAACAAAAGCUUGAAGCUUUUUUGGCAAAGCUGGAUUACACCCAAGCCCUGUCAGGUUCUCCGGUGUGCGGGCACACCUCUGCCACAGCUAAAUGCCACCGGGGGCAAAUUCUAGGCACACACCAACCAAUGGCCCAGUGGAGCAACCUCCAAACAAAAGCAGAAUGGCAGUGGUGCCAUGCUCUGAUUACGUCCGUAAUGUGGGCUACCAGCAGAGCAGAAUGCCAGAGUGUAUCACAACUCACACCUACUGACCAGCUUAGACACAGCCUCUAAGACUGGGAGAACUUUCCACAAACAGCUUAAUGCUUUGUUAAUGUAAUCUUUGAUGUUUCCUCAGUCAUGCAAUGCAUGCAGUUCACAGUGCUGGGAUACAGGUGUCUGCCAUUUUACUUUGGGACAGAUUCCAGUAUUUUAGGUGUGGUGAAGAUUCCUGUUCUAUAAGUGGCAACGUUGGAAACAGUGCCACCAAUAACACAGUAAAACGGUGAUUAUCUAGAAUAUCAGCAAUAAAAUCAGAGUUGGAUGCUGUCACUUCACACAUCAUUUUCCAUCCGACUGUUUGAGCUGAAAACUAUUUUAAUGAUGAUAUCAGAAACCUCAGUGGAUAAAAAACACUGUUUUGGAGAAAGAAAGAGAGACAGAAUGUGAAAAAGCACAAAAAAAACCUAUUUGCCCUUUCAGCAGGAGUUGCUCUAAGUCAAAUUCUAAUGAAGAAGAACAGCAAAAAGUUAUCAGUAUGGGGAAUGAGAAUAAACCUUACCUAAUUUCAAUAUAAUAGUAAGAAGAGGCCUUCACAGAGCAAGAAAUACUCUAAAAUGCCAUUAAUAUUAAAAUUUAGCCCAAAAAGAUGCAACUAACUUGUAGCUUAUAAAUGAACCAUUAGUCUGUAUUUCAUGAAGUUCAUUUGCAACAAAUAAUAAAAGGAAAUCAGGGAAUAAAUAUAGACAACAUCAUAAUUGAUCCACAAUGACAGUCUUGCAAAAAUAUCUUAUAUUGGCUACAUCUGACCGUUUCAUAAUGUUUUCAGAACAGUGUGACUGAAUAACUUUUUCUCCAUUUUUUAAAAUUCCGUAUCAUUCCACAAUCUACCUUUUUGACUUCUCAAAAAAAAAUCUACAGCAUGAUGCAACAAAGAUCCAACUCCUCAGUGGCUCACAAUGUUUUCUACAUAUAGAAGAACUAAAACUAAAUGAACGCCAUAACAGAAUACAGACAUUUCAGCAGCUAUAUCCCUUGAGGAUAAGAAAGCAGGCCUCCAGGCAUACCAAAUUUGGGUACCAUGUAUUAAAUGGAAUACAGAUAAUUCCCCUAUUAUUAUUUAAAUAGCAUAACAAAGCUGUGGAAGAUUAUGACAAGUUAAACAUAAAUAAACACAGAAAGGUUGCUCUAGAAGAUUAAAAUCAACACAAGAAACUGUUACGGGGCCAAUAAGCUUAAGGUCAUGCUUGACAUUAGAGUAAGUGCAUAAACAGAAGUAAAAAGGCCAAGUUUCACAUUAAUUAAGCUAAUCAGAACCAGAACACAGGCAUGAUGACCAACUAAUCCAUCUAUAUAUUUUGACAGAGGACCGAAAAUGUUUUAAGACGCCCCUAAGUAUUGUCCUCUUUGGAUGCGAUCCCUUUUAAAAUAGCUGGCAUUUAGUGGGACCUGGUCUGUGCCAAAAACAUUGCAUCCUCAUACGCACUUCUGCGAGCCCCAGAGAUGUUGCCUUUGGCAGGACUAUUUCAGCACCUUAGAGGCCUCCCCUUCUUUCCUUCAUUCUAGACGCGUGGCUUCAACAACAGGCUUCAUAACAUCUGCCACCUCUACUCCACUGAAACAUCUUGAUGAAAUUUAAACCUUGUUUUUAUUCUUCCAGUUCAGCAGAUUUUACGUCUCAAGCAAGUUGCGCUGGAUACUAAACAAAACUGUUUCUGUGAAAGUGGAAGCUAUAAAGAAAAACAAGUUACUCCGUAAACAAUGAAACCAAUGAAGCAUGAUUCUAGAGAUCUAUAUCUUUUGUCCUCUCUCCUUCCUCCUACCCCCAGCUCUGCCUGCUAACUUCACCUUUUUUACCGUGCAUGCAGCAGCACAUGCUGUGGCUGUUUUGGAGCUAUGCAUUUGUAAGACAUCAGUGGAACAAAACUAAGCGUGACAUCUUGCAGAAGGGAAAGCUUUACAAAAACUCUAAAUAAAUUGAUCUUACCAAUUCACAUUUAUUCUCUCAUAGAUUUCGUUUACUCACAGCCUGUCACCCAUAUACUCCCAAGCACCAGGAUGUGUGUUUUCAAGUGGUCCAGCCAGGAUAAACUUGUGCGCAACACAAAGGACACAAGACACUGGCUACCAAGCCCUCAUGAUGUCUCCUAGGGUUCUUUCUGAUUGGCAACAACAAACUAAUUUUUGGACAGAUAUUUUAUAUCUGUCAAGAACAGUCUUUUACUUUUAUCUUCCUGUUGUGCUAAGAGAAAAAGGAACAGCAUAUGUGAUAUGCUGCAGUCUUGCUGCCAUCCUCCUGUGAGUGCAAGGUCUUCUGUUAACAAGUCUUACGUGCUGUAGCGUUAGCAGAGCACAAGGCUGUCUGGGCUUGACAGAAACAACACAAUCUUCAGUGUGACUGACGGGGAACAGUUUUCUUUGUUAUCAGUACAGGCCACUCUUCCAACCCUUUGCUCUGCUGUUCCUUCUGGUAUUUCCCCACACACUUUCAUAUCAAUCUUUGUAUUUGUGGAACAAGUCUCUAAUACGUUCACUCGCUGGGUGGCUGGCUGAUAUGAAUUUGCUGACUGGUUGCUUCCCCUCAAAAUAGAUAAAGGCUGAGCUAUCAUUGUCUCUCCCUCUGUUGGGGCACUAGUUAGUGUUUCAUUUUUCUAUCACUGAUCAGUUUUCACAGAACAUGCUGGAUGCUAAUACAGUUGUGAUCUUUGAUUCAGACUGACCAGCAAGUUUAGAAGUUAUUAGCUGAGAGACAGACAGGGAGUACAACACUCUUUUCCAGGUGGAUCACUUCUUGAGGAAAUCAAAAAUGUCUGCUAUUCAGUUCUUAAAAAUAAUAGUCAACAAUAGGCAUUUCAGAAUAAAAUGAAAAGAAUAAAAAGGCUGGGAACUCUCUCUUCUCCCAGAAAAGUCAAUGAUCUUGAAACUAUGAUCUUAACAUCAAAGGUUUAUUGUUCUUCUUGACAGCAAUAACUCGUCUACAUCUCAACAUUUUUAAAAACAUGUCCUGUCACUUUGAAAAAAUGGUGCCCAGUCAUGAGGUGCUCUUAUAGAGAGAACAUAAACAAGCUUAUAGUGUUCUUUGGAAUGCAAUACUGGGAGAAUUCCCAGAAACUGGUUUAGGUUAUUAUCACUCCGAUGUGCUCUGCAGGCAUCAGUGUGAAUUAAAAACACAGUUUUCUCAAGGAGAGAAGAACGAAUUUUUUUUAGAAUAAAGACCUUAGGAUAUUGCCCUUUCAAUUUAACUUCUCAACCCUAAAUCUCCUGAGUUUCUUGGCUUCCCCCUUCUCAGUCUUGAUAUAUUUUUGCUUACUGUACCUAGAACCAAAUUCCAGAACACUGUGUAAGACUGUUUCAGAUCUGUUUGCUAUUUACACCGCAGUUUUCCAGAAGCUCUAUGAUUUGUAAGACUGCAAAAGAAGUCUAGAAACCAUUCCUACACUUUUUCUUUACUACCAUAUGCAAGCUUAUUUUAAUCCUGCAGUGAUCCAUUCAGUUAACAAACUUUAGCAAUACUGGACAUUCAAACUGUUUUGGGCAGGUCAUCAAUGAACGUUACAAAAAGUGCAAUUUGUAAUAUUUAAUUUGAUUUGUGGCCAGGAAAUAUGUAACUUGUCUAGCCAAGCAAAAAAUAUGGUGGGUUUUCCCUCUUUAAAAAAAAAAAAAGAGAGAGAGAGAGAGAGACAGAGAGAGAGAGAGAAAGAUCCAGGUAUUCUUGAGUGAUCCCUUAAAAAAGCAACUGUGAUAUAAGUUUUAGUUUUAGGUAUCUGAAAUGCCCCCUACAACUAGAUUAGCAUUCUAUGCCAAAGAGUUUGUAUCGACAUUUUCAUAUGUUGGAUGCAAUUACAAAAGCAUUGUUAUUCAGCAAUAUGCUAUUUAGCAUAUUCUGCCUUCCGUCCAGAAGGAAAAGCCCUCAACAGACUCAGUCAACAUUCUGAAGGAAAUCUAGAUAAGCUAGUUAAGAGAAAGAUGUUAAAUACUUACUACGUAUCCUGAAAUCAUCCUCUCCAAGAAGAUUAAAUUCAAUGGCAAAGACCCCCCAAAAUCCCCAAAGAAUAUUAGGGUCAUACCAUUUUAAAUAAUUGCUGGCUUAAUCUAUUAUUUUGUUCUAGUAAAUGAAAAAUACCUUUUUGUAAGUUAUUAUCAUAUCAUGAUGUUUUAGCGACACGAUAGAAUUGUUCUUCCCUUACACAGCUGUAGCCAAGAUCAAAGCUAGCCUUUCAAACUUGUUUCGUGUUUGAAAAAGUUCUUUGGUAAAAGUGUAAAAUAGUUUAAAAAAACAUAAAUAAAACAUUCUGAGGUUUCAAACACACAGCAUUACAGUAGUUUGCCUAUUUCCCAUCAGUUACACUAGCAGGAGGGGCCAGAAUGGUGCACGUUCUUAAUCCGCCCAUAUUGUAACAUAGUAAAGCAGAACUACCAGAUGCAGAUGUUAUAAUGGAAAGAUAAUUAACUUUCACAAUUUAGAAGUGAUCGCAAUGGUAUUUCCUGACUUCAAACUCCAAAAUCUAUUAGCUGUUCUCCUAGCGACUCAAGAGAUCCAAAUACUGUAAUGAAAUUAAAAUAAAUACAUUUUUGCUAGAAUUACAGAAUAAUUGAGGUUGGAAGAGACUUCCAGAGGGCCCCUAAUCCAAGCCCCUUGCUCAAGAGUGGUCCAACUAGACCAGGUUGCUCAGGGCCUUGUAUCCAAGUUGUGAGUAUCUCCAAGGAUGGAGAUUUCUGCAGUCUGGCUGGGCAACCUGUGUCAGUGCUGACUACCCUCACAAAGAAGAAACUUCUCCUUGUAUCUGUACAGAACUACCAAUGUUUCAGCUUGUAUCCACUGUCUCUUGUCCUAUCACGACGUGCCUGGAAUAAGAGUCCACCUCCAACCUUGAAGACUGCAAUAGUAUCUCCCCUUACCCAUCUCUUCUCAAGGCUGAACAAGCCCAGCUCUCGCUCUCUCCUUGCACAUCCUGUGCUCCAGUCCCCUGACCAUCUUGGUGCCCCUCCACUGGACUCAGUCUCAUUAAUCAAUGUCUUUCUUCGACUGAGGAGCCCCAAACUGGGGCCAGGCGAUUUCUCCAACCUGUUGAGGUUCCUUCUGAACAGCAGCCCUGCCCUACAUUGACUUCUCUUCCCAGUUUGGUAACAUAAAUGAAUUUUCUGAGAGUGCACUCCAUCCCAUCAUCCAGGCCAGUAGUACAGACAUUAAACAGUCUUGGCUCUCAUUUUGAUCCCUGAGGGAUAUCACUCUGCCAGCAAGACUUUGUACUGCUGAUCACCACCCUUUGAGCCCAGCAAUGCUGCCAAUUUUCCACCCACCUUAUCUCCCAGUAAUCCAGCCCACACCUCACCAAUUUGGCUCAAAGAAAACUAAGGCAAGCUGCCACAAGUCCCUUAUUAAAGUCAAGGUAAGCAACAUCCACUGCUCUUGGCUUGCCCACAGAGCCAAAUAUCUCAUCGCAGAAGGCAAUUAGGUUGAUCAGGCAUGACUUGCUUUUGGUAAAUCCAUGCUGGCUGUUCCUAAUCACCUUCUUAUUCUUCAUAUGCCUAGAAAUGGCUUCCGGGAGGAUUUGUUCCACAGCCUUCAUAGGGUUGGAGGUAAGGCUGACCAGGCUGUAGUUCAGCGGAUCCUCCUUCUUGCCUUUCCUGAAAAUAAGUGCUACAUUUGCCUUUUUCCAGUCAUCAGUAACCUCCCAAGAUUGACUUGACCUUUUAAGGACGAUAGAAAAUGGCCUCACAAUGACACUGGCCAGCUCUGUCAGUACUAUCUAUCUGAUGCAUUCCAUCUGGUCCGAUGGACUUGUGCCUAUCCAAAUGGCUUAUGUGCUCCCUAACUUAUUUUCCUCCACUAUGGGUAAUACUUCACCUAACACACAGACUUUAUGAGUGAAAGCUGAGGCAAAAAAGGGCAGUGAGUACCUCACCUUUUCCAAUGUGCGUGAUCACUAGCUCCCCUGCCCCAUUGAGCAGUGGGCCCAUAGCGUACUUAGGCUUCCUUUUGCUGUCAGCGUACACACAGAAACCAUUCUUGUUGCUCUUCGCAUCCCUUGCUAGUCUCAACUCCAGCUAAGCUUUUGUCACGGUUCAUUGUGCUCUCUCAAAUUUAUGGGAUAGCAUACUGUGCGAAACAAACUUUAUUUGUAUAAGCUCAUUAGGGAAAAAAAAUAAACAUGAAACAAACAAGAGGUCAAUCCUUUCUCUGUAGACCAGUCUAAAUUGCUAAUUCUCUAGUUACUUAAUUCGCUAGUUCACUGAUUCAGUAACUUGAUAAUUUGUUACUUUGCGCGCUAGUAAGUGAAAUAGUAACCUAACUGAGGGUGAGAGUGCUUAUCCUUCCUCCCAAGGCAUCCCCUGAAUUGCACCAGGAAGCUUGAGAGCCUCUGCAGUCCAGCUGCUGGUUUAUCUGCUUUAAGGGCCGUCUGGGUGGCUUCCAGCUCAGAAGUUUGGUCUAUACCAUCCCUACUGGUCAUUUCAGUUACUAAGCAAGGAUUUACCUUAUUUCAAAGAGUUUCAGCCCUUUCAGGUGUUAACAAGCAGUUACUUAUAAACCUACAAGGAUAACAGACUUCAUUCUUUUUGUCCUUGAGUAUCUGGCUGACUUGUUGCACUCGCUUUACCUUAAUGGCAUUGCUCCCAGCACAAUCAGGCAUUAGCAUGAGCUGCUAAGCUCAUCCAUGUUGGCCCAUGCUCAACUUUCUGCACAUUGAAUGGACCUUUUGCGCUUUGAGGAGGCUGUCCUUGAAGAUCACAAGCUCUCCUGGGCCCCUUUGCCCUCCAGGGCAGUCUCCUGUUGGAUCCUGCCAAGCAGAUCGCUGAAUAAGCCAAUAUCUGCUCUUGUAAGGUCCAGGGCUGUUACUCUACUAUUUGUUUGGCUCACUUUUAAACAGUAGUUAAAACUGUAAUUGAUUUCACAUAUUAGUGAGUGAAAACUUGCUCCCUUUAAGGUUUAGUCUUUCCUGCGACUCCAGUUACUCUGUCUGAAUCAAAUUAAAUGAGGACAUUCAGAAGACAGACCAGUAUCUUUUCUUAAAAUUCAAAACAGUCAAAUUUUUUGCAAUCUCUCUUGGGGAAAUACGAACAUCUACUUUCACUCUUUCAUCUUAAACCAUAUUUGGAAUCUUCUAACUCUUUCAUUAUCUGUACUUCCUGUAGGACCAAUAUGUAUUUCUGAAAUAAAUGUUCUUCUUGCUGGGGAUUUCAUCAGUUUUUCCAAAAGCCAUCGUAGGCAUGUUACCAUACUCAGUCUCUGACAGCAAUAAAAUACUGUUUUUUCCUCAACAUUUGUAAAAGCCAUGCUCUUCAAAAUAACCUUUUAAAUACACAGCAGAAGCAACCUUAUGUAUCGUAAUUUUGCAUUACUCUUUAUCUGACAUCAUUAUAAAUAACACGAUUAAAUAGUCCUCAUGAAGAGAGUUCAUGAAACUCAACUUAGAGCUUCCUUCUACUAUUCCGAUCCUCAGUUUGACAAAUGACUUGAGGUCUGU